UAAAGUUCUCGGAUCAUCUAACUCAAGGCUCGAAAUUUGAUUUUUUAGCUCGGCUAAGGCUCGACUUCAAAAUAAUUAAAGCUCGGUUCAGUUUAUGAUUAAGACUCGAAAAACAUGAAAAAGUGUCCGCCGUCCUGGUCUCGGGUCUGAUCGGCUUGCACGGGCCGUGACUAGAUACUGCCGGGCCGAGCCUAGGCCUGCGAGGGUCUGCUGGAUCGGGCUUGGGGUGCUGCUGGUCAUCACUAGGACGCUGGGCGCCAGCACGGGAACUUGUCUCCUCAAAUUGACCUCCUUCGCCAUCACCCAUUGCUGCUCUUUUCCUCGAAUCGAGCUCCUUCGCUGAAUUAGAUUUUCAUAUCUUAACAUUCAGAGAAAUAUCAGCAGUCGUGCGAGUACCCAGCCGUUAACCCUAUCCUUGUCAAACGACAAAUCUCGUUUCGGUGUUGUAGCUAGCCAAUUCCGCCAGAACCGGAAAGCAGCCGGAGAAGAGCAGGGGUUGCCCUCAAACCUCAGAAAAAGCAGAACAAUACAAUGGCACCAACCAAACAAGUCUGUAUAUGUGUCGAUAGUGAAAUUGCUUUCCACCAUUAAUCCAUUAAUCCAAAUUCUGCUGCCAUUUCAACUGAGUCUGUCCAGACCUGUACGCCAACAUUGAUUGAGCAUGAACAAAGGAGGAGUGGGCCUCGGAGGUGGAGCCGGUGGCGGCAGUGGGCCGACUGCCGCUGCAGCGGCGGCAGCGGCACAAAAACAGAAAACUCUUCUGCAGAGAGUGGACACAGACAUUGGAAAUCUUGUUGAUAAUUUUGGGUACAUAGUCAAUGUGACUCGGGUUAAUGAUCCACCCGUGCGGAACUCCCAAGAGUCUUUCAUGAUGGAAAUGCGUGCGGCUAGGAUGGUUCAAGCUGCUGACUCGCUGCUCAAAUUGGUGUCGGAGUUGAAACAGACUGCAAUUUUCUCGGGAUUUGCAUCUCUGGAUGACCAUGUUGACCGGAGAACUCACGAGUUCAAUAAUUUGGCUGAAAGUACAAAUGGGAAAUUGUCUAGAAUUGGGGAGGAGGUUGCAGCUAGCCUCAAGGAACUCGAAUCUCAUUAUUACUCGUCUGCACUCAGGACAAGCACCGUUAGUCCACACGAGGCUUCAGAGUAAAGGGAGGACAGAGGAUUGUAAUUUCUCAUAGUAAAAUAAUGUUGUUUCUGGUGUGGUCCGGAAUGAAUUCAAGUAACAUAGUUUGUAUGGUUGGAAAACUAAUCUCGUCUAUAGUUGAUUGAUAUGUGGAUUGGCUGAGA